GCUUGCUUACAGCAUGACCCCUCAAACCUUAGCUGGAAAAACUGCGAGGGAGGAAUAGUGGCAUAGGGUGGAGACAGAUAAUUCACAAGCCUUUUUUAUAGCUAUCAGAGCUACUGUCUUACAAAUAUAGCAGCUAUUCAUUAGGGAGUAUUAAUUGGUAUAGUCAUAAGUGCUACUCUCUAUUUGCUCUGGAAACUGAGAAGCGAUUUAUAUCUGUUGAAGUAUAAACUUCUGUAACAGUGGGGGGUGUUCUCAAAAUCCCACUUACCACAGGCAGCUGGCCCCAGUUUUUUUCCUGCUUGAACAUAUGUGGAGUACUGUGGUUUACCCAGGGCUCAAACUAGUCUAGCUGUUUAAGGUAAAAAUCAGAAUUGUUUAUGUAGAAGCUAUUUUUGAUAUCACAAAAGUGAUAUCAAAAGGUGUUUCAAAAAGAAAUAAUUCGUGAAGAUGCCUUCCAUGUGGGUAAUUUAGCACUUACGUUGUUGUGGAGUGUUGACAUGUGGCUCUGAAAUAGCUGCAUGUUUUACUCAAGUCAAGAAUGCUGCAGCCAAUUGCAAGAAUAGGGAGAAUUUCAGUAGGAAACUGUGUUAAUUAUCCAUGCAAGAUGUUCACACUUGCUGCUGUGUUUCAUAUGUUUUCAUAUCUGCUGAAGUAAAGCAAGAAAAGUGUUGUGCUGGGGCAGUGUGCAUGCAUGGCUUAGAGCUGAAUAGAUGUAAAUGGUUAAAAAGGGGUUCUCUGCUAGAGAGGAGGAGGGGAAAGUAAGAGUGCAUUCCCAAAAAAGUACAUUCCCAAAAUAAAAAGCUUACAUCAUGGACCUCUUCAGUUUUCCCACACUUCUUUCCUAAUUAUUGUCCUGCAGGACAGCUGAUCUAUUUCAAACAGGAAGCUGUUUACAGAUAACACUUGCAACUGUUUUGUCUGAUUUGUUGAACUGUCGAAAAGCAAAAGACAACCUCUUUUCAAAUUAAAAACUGUCAGACUUCUGUAAACAGCAGCAAUGAGGUUCAUCUGUGCAGUGUCCCUGCAGGCACAGAGCGUUUUGCAGUUCCCAUUUUCUCAGCAGCCAUAAGAAAUAAAACUGUGUGUGGGGAUAGCAUCAGGUACUCAUGUCAAUGCUUUAUAGGAAUGGGGCUGAACUGAGGUGGUUUAGACACAGGUUUUGGAAGAACUGACACCUACAUUUGAACCCUGGCUGUUUAAUUCUACUCUCCAGCUUGUCUGUCAAGAAACCUUAUCAUCAGUCUGCUGGGUGCUCAUGCUGAAACUGCCUAAUUUCCAGGCUUUCAGCUGUGUAUCUGAACCACUUGGCUUGAAAGCCUCUCUGUCUGAUCUUCUGAAUCCUGAAGUGCCCCUGCUACAAAAAAAAGGAGUCAGUGACCUGUAAGUGCUCAUUAUGAAGAGAGAUCUGGUUUUCUUGGUGACUCUAAUUAGCCUUGCCUUCCUGUCACUACUAAGGUCUGGAUAUCCUCAACACAUUGCAGAGGAGUCCUGCUCUGUUCAGAUUCUUGUUCCAGGCCUCAAAGGGGAGGCUGGAGAAAAGGGGGAGAAAGGUGCUCCAGGUCGUCCAGGCAGAGUUGGACCUCCAGGAGAAAAAGGAGAAAUGGGGGACAAAGGACAGAAAGGCAGCAUAGGACGGCAUGGAAAAAUUGGUCCUAUUGGUUCAAAAGGUGAAAAAGGAGAUAAUGGUGACAUAGGACCACCAGGUCCUAAUGGUGACCCAGGCAUCCCCUGUGAGUGCAGCCAGCUAAGGAAGGCUAUUGGUGAAAUGGAUAUCCAAGUAGCCCAGCUGACAACAGAACUAAAAUUCAUAAAAAAUGCACUGCCCUCCUCCGCAGCUGUUGCUGGUGUGCGUGAGACAGAUAAUAAGAUAUAUCUGCUGGUGAAGGAAGAGAAGAGAUACAAGGAAGCCCAGCUCUACUGUCAUGGAAGAGGAGGGACGCUGAGCAUGCCCAAGGAUGAGACUGCCAACAGUCUGAUUGCCUCGUACAUCAACCAAGCUGGGCUCACCAGAGUCUUCAUUGGGAUUAACGACCUAGAGAAAGAGGGAAAUUUUGUCUAUUCCGACCGGUCACCCAUGCAGACCUUCAACAAGUGGCGCAGCGGGGAGCCCAACAAUGCUUACGAUGAGGAGGACUGUGUGGAGAUGGUGGCCUCUGGAGGGUGGAACGAUGUUGCAUGUCACAUUACCAUGUAUUUUGUGUGUGAAUUUGACAAAGAAAAUGUCUAAGCUUCUCUGCUCUUUCUUUAUUUGAAGAAAAGUUUUUAAGCCAAUUUUACAGGUUACUCCAUGUUUAUGAGUUCAAGUGGCAUUUUGCAAGUAUGUGGCACCAAUGUUGUACAGCUGUAAAUACAAUUUAGGUAUUUCAAAUAUCAGUAUUUACCCUUCAGAAGGGAAGAGCAGUAAUAAGACAUAGCUUGGGUUUUUUUUUUUCUGUAGGAAAAUAUAUAUAUUUAGAUAAAAAUGUGGUUUGGGGCUAAAUUUUGCCCUUACAACAGUUAACAAAUGUGAUUACAUGACUGUAAGGGAAGGCAGAAUUUGGCCUCUAGUUGUUAGAAUGAUUAGAAUUAGAUUCCUGAUAUUCUUUUAUCUUAGCAAAAUUUGUAGUUAUAAAUGUUAAUUGCUUGUAGUCCUACAGGGAUAUUUCAGCAACAAGACAAAUAUUUUGUAUACUCCAGUUAAUUAGUACAAAUAUUACUGUAGGUUUGUUGGUUGUUAAAACUUUUUUUUUUUUAAACAGCCAAAGCAAGCCAAGAAAUAGGAAGUCCUACCAAUUUUGUAAUGUUUCUUUAUUAAACUGUUCACAGAUGUAUGACGAGAAAGCGUUUAAGUAAACUGGGUUUAAGUGCUGAGGGAGGACAAAGUCUAGAGAAAGGUGUCCCUGCCCCCAGCAGAGGGUUAGAACUAGAUAAACUCUAGGGUCCCUUCCAACCCAAACCAUUCUAUGAUUCCAUGAUUCUAUGAUAUAAAAGUUCUUAUAAUUUAGUACUUAAAGAGGGUUCCCAUCCAGAUGGUGUUUUGGAGUUGGCUAAAGGGAAAACUAAGAUUAUGCUUUUCUGCAUUCCUUAGUUGAGAAUGAUUCAGUGCAUGAAGUAUUUCAGACCCCAGAUAAUUUCUUAAAGUAAGCACGUUUCACAUUAAGAUGAUCUUGGUGCAUCUUGUUACAAAACAAGCAAAAUACUAGCCCUCCACAAUUUAAGGCAGAUUUCAUAAAUAGACAAUGAAGCUCAUAGAAACGCUUUAGCUAGCAGAUCCUUUUGGCAGGAAAACAGCUUACAUGUUCACAGAGCUUGUAAGGAUGAUCCCCUGAAAGGAAGAAAAGUUUCCAAAAUUUUCCUGAUCCUGUAUAUAGCAGUAAUAAGUAACUUUGCACAAAUAAUUUAUGUACCAAAUUUACAAUUACAUGUGAUGGAAAAUGUGAUGUAUAUUUAAAAAAA